CCAUGCCAUAAAUUUAGCAUUCUUAUAUUACCAAUAACCAUUUUGUACAGCUAAUAUUGGCAAGAUACAGAAAAGCUUCACCAAUUAGCAUCAGUCAAAACUAUCAGAACCUGCACUAAAUUCUGAUUCUGUCAUUCUGAGUACUCUUUAUGACACCAUUCACUGAAGCAAAAAAUGCAGAGAUGGAAAUGGAGCAGAAAGAAACCUCCCAUUUUUCCUCUGCUUGUUGUUUUCUUCAUGGUCUUCAUAGCAUUCUCAACCUUCCACAGUGAACACAGCAUUCAACAAAUCCAUGAAAACCCAGAUCAUGUUCACAAUCACCAAGAAGCUUCCUAUGUCAAACCCAACCUCUCUGGUCAACUCAAGCAAGCUCCAGAGGUUUUGGAUAGAUUCAGUAGAUGCAACUCCACUGUGGAGUAUAGUGGCCGGAAAAUUGCUUGGUCUGGCGAUUCUCAGCGUUCCGGUCACCGGAGAGCGAGUUCUGAGAGCUGUGAUGUUUUCUCGGGCAAGUGGGUCUUUGAUAAUGCUUCAUAUCCAUUGUACAGUGAGUCAGCUUGCCCUUACAUGUCUGAUCAAUUGGCCUGUCACAAGCAUGGAAGGUCUGAUCUGGGGUACCAGCAUUGGAGAUGGCAGCCACAUAACUGCAAUUUGAAGAGGUGGGAUGUGAAAGAAAUGUGGGAGAAGUUGAGAGGUAAAAGGCUAAUGUUUGUUGGGGAUUCACUAAACAGAGGGCAAUGGAUAUCUAUGGUAUGCUUGUUACAGUCAGUAAUUCCUUCUGAUAAGAGAUCAAUGUCACCAAAUGCCCAUCUUACCAUCUUCAGAGCAGAGGAGUAUAAUGCAAGUGUGGAAUUCCUCUGGGCUCCUCUUCUUGUUGAAUCUAAUUCCGAUGAUCCUGUAAAUCACAGACUAGGUGAACGGAUAAUUCGUCCUGAUUCUGUUCUUAAGCAUGCAUCACUGUGGGAGCAUGCUGAUAUACUUGUUUUCAACACAUACUUGUGGUGGAGACAAGGCCCAGUCAAGCUAUUAUGGACUAGUGAAGAAAAUGGAGCUUGUGAAGAAUUAAAUGGACAAGGAGCCAUGGAGUUGGCCAUGGAAGCCUGGGCAGAUUGGAUAUCUUCGAAAGUUGAUCCCCUCAAGAAGCGUGUCUUUUUUGUGACCAUGUCCCCAACACAUCUCUGGAGCCGAGAGUGGAAGCCAGAAAGUGAGGGAAACUGUUAUGAUGAAAAGGACCCCAUUAAUUUUGAGGGCUAUUGGGGAAGUGGUUCUGAUUUGCCUACAAUGAGAAGCGUGGAGAAGAUCCUAAGCAGUUUAAAAUCAAAAGUUUCGGUUCUCAACAUUACUCAAAUGUCAGAGUAUAGGAAGGAUGGUCAUCCUUCCAUUUUUCGCAAAUUUUGGGAGCCUCUUCGCCCCGAACAAUUGUCAAAUCCUCCUUCUUACUCUGAUUGCAUACAUUGGUGCUUGCCAGGGGUACCUGAUGUGUGGAAUGAGCUACUAUUCCACUUAUUAUAGAAGCCAUUACACGAUAUUCAAUUUUCUGAAUUCGAUAAUCAUGACAGUGUCAACCUCCGCAUUUGGGAGAGUAGCAAAAGGUGCUUCUCUGAGUUGUUUAACACGAGAGUUAAGGGAAUUUGCUGAAAAUUGUGGGAUCUUUGUGCUCAUCUGUUACGAUGAAACCUAGCUUCAUUUAGAAAAUGGAAGGAAAAGAAACAAAGAUAGUUAUUUGUUUGAUUACUUUUGAAUGUAAUUUGUUCCAUUCUCUCCU